CUUGCUCAACAGUAGUAGCUGAAGAAAAAUCAGAAGGGGAGAGAGAGAGAGAGAGAAAGAAGAACGAAGACAUGGCCGGAGGAGGAGAUCAUCACGGACACCACGCAGAUGGGGCCCACGGAGGUGACUUCAGGACCAAAGUAUGGAGCAUGAGUGGCGGGCCCUACUGUAGGCCCAAGCACUGGAAGCGCAACACUGCCAUAGCCAUGGCUGGCAUCUUCCUCAUCUGUAUUCCCAUCGCCAUGAAAUCCGCCGAGCUCGAGCAACGGCCUCAUCAUCCAGUUCGCCCAAUUCCCUCACAGCUGUGGUGCAAGAAUUUUGGGAACAAAGAAUACUGAUUUGCAAUGUUUGGUAAAAGUGUGUAUAAAAUUUGCUACAAGGCGAAGAGUCAUCUUGCCUUGUGUAGUGGGUUUUAUGCAUUUCAUGUAUUUGUUUCUGCUGAUGGUUUGCUUUGGGAUUAUGUGGAUCAUUAUGAAGAUUAUAUGUCCAAUUGAAUAAGAGAAUGACCCUUGAGCUUGCUCCAUUGCGUUUUGAUUUUUUUUUUUUUUUAGGUAACAUAAUUGAGUGAUAAAUUAAUGUAUUAUAUGAUCAUCCUUGCUUUGAGCAAGUCAUUUGUCGAGAAAGUCUUCACCUUUUCUCACGGCCUGUACAAUAUAUUCUUCCCUACUCAAAGCUUUAUGGACAAAUAUGUCUCAAGAAUAA